AUGGCGACCAGCAAGCAGCACGCUAAUAAGAGCACUCUCAUUAUCGUCUCGAAUAGACUGCCGCUUUCUCUCAGAAAAGUGGACAAUUCCUUCGAGAGCAGUACCUCUAGUGGCGGGCUGGUGACCGCGCUGUCGGGAUUGACAGACUCGAUGAACUUCAAGUGGCUAGGUUGGCCAGGAAUCACGGCAGCAAAUGACGAGGAGCAGGAAAAUGCCCAGCGUGCGCUCGGAGAGAAGAUGGCGAAGGGGAUAUUCCUUGAAGAGCAGCUAGCACAAGACCAUUAUGAUGGAUUUUCAAAUACAAUUCUAUGGCCCACUCUGCAUUAUCAGUCUGGCAUUGAGUUCCGUGAGGAGUUUUGGGAAGCCUACCGGCAAGUAAAUGAGAUUUUCGCUGAUGUCGUUGCGGAAGAAGCACAUACCGGCGACUUGAUAUGGAUACAUGAUUAUCACCUCAUGCUCCUGCCCUCUCUCUUGAGAUCUCGUCUCCGGGCGCAGGGAAAGGAGUGCCCGAUAGGGUUCACACUACACACUCCUUUCCCUGCGCGAGACGUUUGGAGAGGGCUUCCAGUCGAGAAAGAACUAGUCACCGGAAUGCUUGCAAGCGAUGUGGUGGGAUUCCACACAGAGGAAUAUAAAGAGAACUUUGCAACUGCAUGUGUAAACCAUUCUGAUGUGGUAGGACUGGAGGAAACUGAUUGCAUUCGCAUGGGCGAUCAUCUUGCACACCUCGGCGUGUUUAUUGUCGGUAUUGACCCCAUUAAGUUCAGCGAGACUUUGAAAAACCCAUAUGUUGUGAAUCGCAUCAACGAACUUCGACAUAUGCACAGCAACAAGACGAUUAUGAUCGGUGUCGAUCGGCUUGAUUACACCAAGGGACUUGUACAAAAGCUCAAGGGCUAUGAACGGUUCCUAAAUGAUAAUCCUGAACUGCGGAAUAAAGUCGUCCUGGUCCAGGUGGCCGUACCAAGUCGUGAAAAUGUAAAGGAAUACCAAGACUUAGAAGAAGAGAUACAAACGUUGGUGGGUAAGAUAUGUGGCGAACACUGUGCACCGGAUAACUUUCCAUUGGUCUAUAUGCACCGUUCGAUAUCUUUCACUGAGCUCACUGCUUUGUAUUCUGUUGCCGAGGUCUGUUUGGUCACUUCUCAACGGGACGGAAUGAACCUAGUGGCAUCAGAGUAUAUCGCGUGUCAGGGUCACAGACAUGGGGUUUUGGUGCUAUCUGAAUUUGCUGGAGCUGCAAGCUUUAUGCAAGAAGGGAGCAUAUUGUUUCAUCCGUCUAGUACAGACCAGUUAUCACAGGCAAUAUAUCAAGCGGUGACUAUGAAUCAGGAUGAGAGAAAGAAGAGAUAUGAGUCACUCUGUGACUUUGUCACCAAUUAUACAAGGUGCGCCUGA